AUGUGCGGCGUAUCUGACGAGUAUCACGGACACGAAUCACAACGGGUCCCACCAAGCACCGCAGCAGAGCCACCACCUAGCAUUCCUCAGCCUGACCAGGACAACUGUUUCCGCAUUCUCAUCGCGACGGACAACCACCUCGGCUACGCCGAGAAGGACCCCGUGCGGGGCCAGGAUUCCAUCAACACAUUCAGGGAGAUACUCGAGAUCGCGCGUGACCAGGACGUCGACUUCAUCCUCCUAGCUGGUGAUCUUUUCCACGAGAAUCGCGUCAGUCGCACAUGUCUCUAUCAGACGAUCGCGCUGCUCCGGCAGUAUACGUUCGGCGACAAGCCGGUGUCGUUUGAGCUGCUCAGCGACCCCAUGGAUGGCGCGGCUCCCGGAUACGAUUUCCCUGCUGUCAACUAUGAAGACUCCAAUCUCAACGUCGGUAUUCCCGUGUUCUCGAUUCAUGGUAACCACGACGAUCCGCAGGGGACUGGUCCAGAGGGAGCACUCUGCCCGUUGGAUGUCCUAUCCGUCGCUGGCGUGUUGAACUACUUCGGCAAGGUCGACCUUCCUUCCGGUCAGAGCCACAACCAGUCGAGCACCGAGGGGGACACUGUCAACAUCCGUCCUGUUCUGCUUCGCAAGGGCUCCACCAAUCUCGGUCUUUAUGGCGUCGGUAACAUCAAGGACAUUCGCUUCCACUACCAGCUGCGAUCCAAUGGCGUCAAGAUGUUCAUGCCACGGGACGGUGAUGGUGGCAUUGCAGCAGACGACUGGUUUAACCUGCUGCUGAUCCAUCAGAACCGUGUUAAGCAUGGCCCUCAGCAGGCUGUGCCUGAGGGCAUGUUUGACGACUCUAUCAAGCUCGUGCUUUGGGGCCAUGAACACGACUGUCGUAUCUGGCCUGAGCAGGUGGAAGGCAAACCGUACUUUAUUUCGCAGCCGGGCAGUUCGGUGGCCACAAGUCUGGCCCACGGAGAAGCGCUUCCCAAGCAUGUGGGAAUCCUCUCAAUCCAAGGUGACAAGUUCCAGAUUGCUGAGAUGCCCCUCAAGACCGUCCGGCCCUUUGAGAUCGACGAACUGCAGCUCCUCCAGGAGGCUGAGAGUGACGGCUCCAAGAUUAACCUUGACGACAAGGACACGAUCUCAGCCGUUUUACGUGACAAGGUGGAGGAGCUUAUCUCCAAGGCUCGUCUCAACUGGGAGGCCACGCACGACGUCGCGACCGAGGAGAUGAUGCUGCCACUGAUCCGUCUGCGGGUGGAGACCACUGGCGCCAAGGAGAUGACCAAUCCUGUUCGUUUCGGCCAAGACUUUAUCGGUCGAGUUGCGAAUCCUCGUGAUAUCCUGCAGUACUAUCGCAUGAAGGUCGCCAAGCGCAAGGACGUUCUGAUAGACGAAGACGAAGACGAGGACCCUGCUGCCAUGACGACGACCGAUCGGCUAGCGAAGAUCCGCAUGGCCAAGCUGGUAAAGCAGUAUCUCCAUGCGCAGAAUCUGGACCUACUGGUCGAAGACGGACUGGAAGAAGCUGUGAUGCGGUUUGUGGACAAGGACGAUAAGGACGCGAUCAAGGACUUCGUGCGCGACAGUUUGAAAACAGUAGGCAAGAGCGCGCCAGCGCAGGCCAUUGUGGUCGACCACGAGGAGGACAUGAUCGAGUUUAUGGCCCGCGCCAAGGAACAGGCGAACGAGCACUGGGCAGACAACCCACAGCCCGAGAAAGCCGUGGGCAAGAAGAAGGUGGGUGGUGUGCGGACCACUCUCACUCUCCAGAAUAAGAAGGCCCAGAACUCGGACAUUGACAGCAUGGCAGAGGACAGCAUGCCCGAGCAAUCGGACGAGGAUGUCCCGCCACCAAGGGGGGGACGUGGAACCAGGGGCAACGCGGCCGCGAAGACGACCAAGAAAGGCUCUACGCGAGCAACAGCGAGCAAUGCGCGCCAGAAACUUUUUGAUCUAGGGUCUGACGGGUCGGACCCAAUGGACAGUGAUGACGUGAGCGUUGCUUCUGAGGAUAGGAGUCGUAAACCGAGCAAGGCACCUGCGAAGGCACCGGGGCGGGUGGCUUCCUCUCGUUAUACAGAUCGAGGCACCGCAAACAAGACUGCGACGGCGGCGGGCAAGGCUACGCCGAAGACGACGAGGAGCACACGGGCUGGCGCAUCAUCAAGGUCGCAGCCUCGUCAGACUCAGCUUAGCUUUUCCAAGGGUCGUGGAUCGAAACUGGUGGACAGUGACAGUGAUUGA